AUGGAUGAUAAAGCUGGUGUGAAAAAACUGGGAGGCUGGGACAGUCUGGCAAAAAAAAGUCAAAGCGGCGGCCUGAGCCUGGAUACCUCUGUCCAGUUCGAGCUAUUUCGAAAGCAAGCAAAAGAGAAAGAAGAGAAGCGUAAACAGCUACGGGUGGAAGAGGAGCGAAAACGACGACUGAAAGAGCAGGAAGAAAAAGAGCGAGCUAGGGAUCAAGCCGCAGCCGAAAGUGCUGAGCUAGAGCUGAAGCGGCAAAAUGAGCUUUUACGCCAAAAAGAACAGGUUUUGAUGAUAUCGCAACACGACUUGAAAAUAUAUUACACUUUUCUGAUGUUGCCUUUUUGCACCGUUGAUUGUAAUAGCACCGUUCCCAAUGCGCAUCGCGGUACUGUUAAGGUGCAGUUUGAAUUGCAGGAAAGACGCCGACGAGAAGCGAUGAGCACCGGUAGCAACGUGACCAGUCAGAUGGAUUUGAUGCUCAAUUUUGAGGCGAAUUUGUAG